AACCCCCUCUAAGCCUCUCUUUCUCCUCCCCCACUCGCUUCAUUCUUCGCCCUCUCAUAAGCUUUUUGCCCCUAUUUCAAUCGCUUCUUCUCGUUCUCUGUUGAUCCAUUCUUCUUUCUCUGCCAAACCCAGUUGGAUUUUUAAUCGAAAUGGAAUACGAGAACCGGUUCAGGCAGGCUCAGAGACCAAAAUAUGAUUGUCUUCUCUUUGAUUUGGAUGACACUCUGUAUCCCUUGAGUACUGGCAUUGCAGCUUCAUGCCUACAGAAUAUCAAAGAUUACAUGGUUGAAAAACUGGGAAUAGAGCAGAGCAAAAUCCCUGACUACUGCAAUUUACUGUACAAGAACUAUGGAACAACCAUGGCAGGUCUUAGGGCAAUUGGCUAUAACUUUGAUUAUGAUGAGUACCACAGUUUUGUUCAUGGAAGACUUCCUUAUGACAACCUAAAACCUGAUCCUGUUCUUAGAAGUCUUCUCUUGAGCCUGCCUUAUAGGAGAGUUAUCUUUACAAAUGCUGACAAGGACCAUGCAGUUAAAGUUCUUAAAAAGCUUGGAUUGGAAGACUGUUUUGAAGGGAUUAUCUGCUUUGAAACCCUGAAUCCAACCAACAAAAACUUUGUAUCUGUUGAUGAAGAUGAGCUUGAGUUUAUGGGAUCCAAUCCAGCUCCAUCUGGCUCUGAAAUCUUUGACAUCAUUGGCCAUUUUCUUCAACCCAAUCCUGGGGUGGAAUUACCAAAAACUCCCAUCAUCUGCAAACCAUCAGAAGCUGCCAUUGAAAGGGCUCUCAAGAUUGCAGGCCUCAACCCUCAGAGAACUCUGUUCUUUGAAGACAGUGUUCGAAACAUACAAGCGGGCAAGCGUGUUGGGCUCGAUACCGUCUUGAUUGGCACUUCACACAGAAUUAAAGGAGCAGAUUAUGCAUUGGAAAGCAUCCACAACCUUAGGGAAGGAAUUCCAGAGCUUUGGAAUGUUGAAAUCAAAUCAGAAAUGGGUUAUGCUGGCAAGGUUACAGUUGAAACAUCAGUGACAGCUUAAAACUAUGACAGCCUUGUUUAUGUUCUUCCACCCUUCCCCCAAAAAAGAAGAAUGAAAUAAAAAGGAAAAAAGAAAAAGAAAAAAAAAACAAGAAGAGUUCUGUUUUGGGGAAAUCUUCCACUCCCAGUUUCACUGAACAGAUGUUGUAAAUAAGCAUUUUGAUUAUGAGGGUAAAAAAGUUCAUAAGUGUAAUCUCUGUCUUUCUACAAUAAUCACUGAAUUAACAAAAUCAUUGAAGACCACUAGAAAAUGAUAAGAAUAAA